CCUUUCAAGUUUUCUGUGGCUUCCUCGCAACUCUAACUGCAGCAAUCUUAAUCUUCUAAAAUUCACUAGAUCUCAAUCAAUGUCUACAAACGACGAACGGUCGGAAUUACAGAACGGCGACACCAAGCCGGAACCAGAUGCCGACCUCCAUCGACCCGAAGGCACCGCGAUCCAGUUAGUUGAUAACGAUGAGGGUGAUUCUUCGAAGCUUCAUCAACCGAUCCAAUCCAAUGAUAACGAUGUUGACGUUUCUCCAAAGAGUGUAGAUCCGAAACCUGAAGAAGAAAAAUCCGACAAAGGACCGUCGAUCCAACCAGUGGACAAUGUGCAGCUCCAGAAAGACGAAGGGAGCCGAACUUUCACUAUGAGAGAAUUGUUGAAUGAACUGAAGAAUGGCGACGGAGAUGAAGGUCCUGAAACCGCCGCUACUGCUGCUGCUGCGCCUCGUCACAGUCAAGAAAACACACAACAACAUACAGAAAAAAAUAGUGCUGCCAUGGAGUUGAUCAAUAGCAUCACAGGUUCUGACGAGGAAGGUCGGUCAAGGCAACGGAUUCUUACAUUUGCUGCAAAGAGGUAUGCAAGUGCAAUAGAGAGAAAUCCAGAUGAUUAUGAUGCACUUUAUAAUUGGGCGUUAGUUCUUCAGGAAAGUGCAGAUAAUGUUAACUCAGAUACUAGUUCACCAUCCAAAGAUGCUUUACUUGAAGAGGCUUGCAAAAAGUAUGACGAGGCUACUCGUUUAAACCCUACACUUCAUGAUGCCUAUUAUAACUGGGCUAUUGCCAUAUCUGAUCGGGCCAAAAUGCGUGGGCGUACAAAGGAAGCUGAAGAACUGUGGAAGCAGGCAACAAAUAAUUAUGAAAAAGCUGUUAAACUAAAUUGGAACAGUCCCCAGGCUCUCAACAACUGGGGUCUUGCUUUACAGGAACUGAGUGCAAUUGUUCCUGCACGAGAAAAGCAGACGAUAGUGAAAAGUGCAAUCAGUAAGUUUCGUGCAGCGAUACAGCUGCAAUUUGAUUUUCAUAGGGCCAUUUACAACCUCGGCACUGUUCUGUAUGGAUUAGCAGAAGACACAUCAAGAACUGGAGGAGGAGUCGGUGGACAAGAUGUUUCCCCCAAUGAAUUAUACAGUCAAUCUGCUAUUUACAUUGCUGCUGCUCAUGCAUUGAAGCCAAAUUACUCAGUUUACACUAGUGCCUUGAAGCUUGUGCGAUCUAUGCUGCCUCUACCCUAUCUAAAGGUUGGAUAUCUUACGGCACCACCAGUGGGAAAUCCAAUUGCUCCACAUGGGGAUUGGAAGCGCACCCAGUUCGUUUUGAACCAUGAAGGGCUUCAACAGAUCCACAAUGAUGAGCAACGACACACCUCCAUAUCUGGAGAUAAAUCAAGUAACGGCAGACCUGCUAUUAAAGUUGAUAUCCCAGAUAUUGUCUCGGUAUCAGCAUGUGCAGAUCUGACUUUACCACCUGGUCCUUCCAUCUGCAUCGAUACGAUUCAUGGACCAACAUUCUUGAUUGCAGACUCAUGGGAAUAUCUGGAUACAUGGCUUGAUGCGAUUCGGCUAGUUUACACGAUUUUUGCACGCGGUAAGACCGACGUUUUAGCAGGCAUAAUAACGGGAUAGAAUUCGAUUUUUGUGUGUAAUUGGUUGGCUUCAGAUCCUUUUUGUUCUGAGAGUGUGGAAAGGACUUGUUAUAGAUGUUAGGAGGAGCUGGGAUUUCUUUCUUGUAAGAUCUUUGUAUAUUAUUUUAUGAUUAUAGAAUAAGGACUAUAACCUGCUC